AAUCGAAACUCAUCCCAAGUUUUUUGGUUAUGUGAGUUAAGAGUUGAUCUUGAUUUGAUAACUUGUGAACAAAGUAGGACAACAACCAACAAGUGCUUUAAUUGUGGUAGCAAUUUGAGUUUGAUUACUCUUGUUUUUUUAAAUAUCCAAACAGUAUUUAAUUUAUUUCUAAUUUUGGGGUUCAAGUUUUAUUUGAUUAGUGUAUAUUGGCGUAGAUUAGGCAUUAUAUAUUUCUAGCUCUGCUGUUAGUUGUCUGGUUAACUAUUACCCUGCUUCCUGCUUUAACUGUAUUUUAUUAUUAUGCUCAACCGACAAGUUAAAUGAGUAUAAUUUCUUUUCGCCAGUUAAAAUUAUUAAAAGUUUUGAGCUUAACCAUCAACAAAUUUACAAUGGCAACCGCUGUUGAAAGUACUGAGGCCGUCAGUUCUUGUAUAUUUUGCCAAAUUAUUAAAGAGAAUGAUCCAAAUAAACUAAUUUAUGAGGAUGAAGAAUUAGUAUCCUUUGCAGACAUCAAACCAGCUUCUAAAUGCCAUUACUUGAUUGUACCAAGAAAACACAUAAAGGAUGCUAAAGAUCUGAAGACACCAGAUGAUAAAGUUCUUGUUGAAAAAAUGGUUGAAGUUGCGAAAAGGAUCUUAGUCGAGAAGAACUGUGACCUCACGGAUGCAAGGUUCGGAUUUCACUGGCCACCUUUCCACACUGUAUCUCAUCUCCAUCUGCAUGCUAUUAGCCCAGCCAGCGAAAUGGGCAUGAUUGCCAAAAUGAUCUUUCGACCAGACUCAUUCUGGUUUGUCUCGCCAGAUUAUGUGAUCUCUCGUUUGUAAAGCGGGGCCCGUACGUACAUGACCAACCUGGCUGUCAACUCUAGUUGCUGU